CGUAACGUAACCUCAUAUUAGACUGAAGUUUCCGUGUAUAAUCUGUAGUUCAAGUGCGAGGGGUUGAGCAAAGCAGAAUCACACAAUACCAGACCGGACCAAAUCCAAAUAUGCAAUGAGCUCAUCUAUGCCAAUACAUUUUCUUCAUAAUUACCAAAUAUGUCUGGUCGAGAACCCAUAGCUCUGGUCGGCGUUGGAUGUCGGUUCCCGGGCGACGUGAACACGCCAUCAGCGCUGUGGGACUUACUUACUAACCCUCGAGACCUCCUCACCCCUAUACCAGAAGACAGAUUCAGCGCUCGCGGCUUCUACCACAGCAACAGCCAGUACCAUGGCCACACCAAUGUCCAGCAGUCCUACUUCCUGGGCGGCGACAAGCCGCACCGGCGUUUUGAUGCGCAGUUCUUCGGCAUCAGCCCCGCCGAAGCGCGUGUCAUGGAUCCCCAGGUCCGUCUGCUGCUCGAGACCGUCUAUGAAGCCCUGGAGGACUCCGGCAGCACGAUCGACGGUCUCCAAGGGUCCAGCACCGCCGUGUACUCCGGCGUGAUGGUGUACGACUACGAGCACAUCAUGAACCGCGACGAGAAUGCCAUGGGCAUCUACCACGUCACCGGCACCGCGCGUGCGCUCAUCUCAAACCGCAUAUCGUACUUCUUCGACUGGCAUGGGCCGUCGAUGACCAUCGACACGGCGUGCAGCUCGAGUCUCUACGCGGUGCACCACGCUGUCCAGCAGUUGCGUUCGGGAGGGUCGCGGGUGGCUAUUGCGACGGGCUGCAAUCUGCUGCUUGAUCCGUACGGAUAUGUCACGGAAAGCAAAAUGCAGAUGCUGAGCCCAAGUGGCAGAUCACGCAUGUGGGAUGCGAGCGCGGAUGGCUAUGCGCGGGGAGAGGGAGUUGCGGCGGUUGUCCUGAAGACCCUAAGCGCAGCUGAAGCGGAUGGUGACCAUAUUUACUGCGUUAUACGCGAGACCGCUGUGAACCAGGACGGGAGGACAAAGGGCAUUACAGUUCCAAGCUCAAAGGCACAGGCAGCCAUGAUACGGGAGUGUUAUGCUCGUGCUGCUUUAAACAUCAACAAUCCAUCCGAUAGACCUCAAUUCUUCGAAGCCCACGGCACCGGCACGCAGGCUGGUGAUCCCAUAGAAGCUGAGGCGAUCAGCUCUGCAUUCUUAAGUAAAAGCUGCACCCCGAGCCCGGACCCCCUUUAUGUCGGCAGCAUCAAGACUAUUAUAGGCCACACUGAAGGGACGGCUGGUUUAGCAGGCCUUAUCAAAGCCGCGUUGGCUAUUCAGAAUUCAGCCAUCCCAUCAAAUCUGUUAUUUAAUCGCCUCAACCCUCGCAUACAGCCCUUUUACACGGGCCUGAAUAUCCCUACUUCCACAAUUCCGUGGCCGGCUGUCCCAGCUGGCACCCCGAGACGAGCGAGUGUGAACAGCUUCGGCUUCGGUGGUGCAAACGCUCACGCGAUUCUAGAAAGUCACCCUCAAAGGCCAACCCAAUAUCCCACCCCUGAAACGCCUGUAUUUUCUCCUUUCAUCUUUUCAGCGGCGUCCGAGAUCUCCCUAUCAGAGUCUCUGGCAAAAUUCCGCGAUUUUCUCGUGAACGAUGGCCAGAGCUUGGGUUUAAGAGACUUAGCAUUCACAUUACAUUCCCGGCGGACGCGAUUUGCUCAGGCCAUUGCAUUUUCUGCUUCGACGGUAGAUGAACUCGCUUCAAAGAUUGAUACGAGGAUCAUGUCUUCCACGUCUGAUCCCACAGAACCCUUGGGAACUCGAGCACGACAGAACCCAGGCGGUUCAACGCCUCGCGUUUUAGGAAUAUUUACGGGACAGGGGGCUCAAUGGGCCCGAAUGGGGUUCGAGCUGAUCACAAGUUCAGCCGCGGCGCGACAGAUCAUCGACGGGCUGGACGCAGCGCUGGCUAGUCUUCCAUUAGAAGAUCGUCCGUUGUGGACGAUCGCAGAGGAGCUACAAAAAGAAGAGGGCUCUUCUCGGAUUGGUGAUGCGGUCUUCUCACAGCCUAUCUGUACCGCAGUGCAGAUAAUGUUGGUAGAUAUACUCAAAUCAGCUGGGGUUGAGUUCACAGCUGUCGUGGGACAUUCUUCAGGGGAAAUUGCAGCUUCCUAUGCGGCAGGACGCUUGUCGGCUAACGCUGCAAUCCGCGUUGCAUAUUAUCGUGGUUUGAGUAUGACGUUGGAACAGGCACAGCCAAAGGCCGGAGCGAUGAUGGCAGUAAGGACUUCUCAAGAAGACAUGGAGGAGCUUCUGCAGGAACCUGAGUUCGAAGGCCGAGCUUGGAUCGCAGCCAUCAACUCAUCCGCCAGUAUCACCGUUUCCGGAGACAUGGAUGCCAUCGAGGAGCUAGGCGCUGUGUUAAAAGAUGAAAAGAAGACGUACAGAAUUCUUAAAGUCGACAAGGCUUACCAUUCGCCCCACAUGCUCCCCUAUUCCAAGGCGUAUCUUGCCUCCCAGGAGAAACUGGACAUCCAAGUAAACCCUCCGUCUCAAUGCACUUGGAUCUCGACUGUAUAUGACGAUGAUAACGCUCGCCUCACCACUGAGCUCAAGGGCCAAUAUUGGAACAACAACUUACUCAACCCAGUUUUAUUCAGCCAAGGCGUGGAAACAGCUUGGGCGGACAAAGGCCCGUUCGACGUCGUUGUUGAGAUCGGUCCUCACUCGACCCUCAAAGGGCCAGUGCUGCAGACAUUCCAGGACAUAGCCGACCAAACAGUCCCGUAUACCAGCUUACUCCAGCGAGGGUCCAACGACAUCAAGGCGCUUGCUGAAGGGCUCGCAUAUAUAUCGCUGCACCUCGGAAAAGGGAGCGUCGAUUUCUGUGCAUUUGAGACCUUCCUAUCUGGAAGCUCCAAGUACGCGCCUGUGCAGGGGCUGCCAUCAUAUGCCUGGAACCACGAGGGCGACUACUGGCACGAAUCGCGGUACGCCAAAGCCAUUAGCCAGCGGCCCAAUGCGGUGCACGAGCUCCUCGGCCACCUGGCUCCUGAUUGUUCCAGCGAAAACAUGCGAUGGCGACAUCUGCUUCGGCCCAAGGAAGUCCCGUGGCUCAAGGGCCACCAGCUCCAGGGCCAGAUCGUGUUCCCAGCCGCCGCGUUCGUCGCGACGGCUCUGGAAGCUUGUUUAGCCGUAUCACGCGGAGAUGGUAUCACGUUUAUAGAGUUGUCUGACGUUGAAAUCACCCAAGCCCUCACAUUUGACGACGAAGACUCCGGCGUGGAGGUCGUCUUCUCGUUGGCCAACCUUCAAAGACACGAUAAGUUUCAUGUCACGGCUGAGUUCUACUACAGCGCCGCUACCGGCAAAGGCGAGGGAAUGUUGGAUUCGCUGGCGCACGGCAGCAUGCACAUUUUCCUCGGCGAGCCCUCGCCCAAUGUCCUACCGAGCAAUAGUCUGCGUCCCACGAACAUGAUCGCGGUUACAACCGACGACUUUUAUGAUUCCUUAACCAGCAUAGGGUAUGAAUACUCUGGUCCGUUUGUAGCGUUAUCGAACCUCAGACGAAAGCUUGGAGCGGUGACAGGGUCCGUUUCGGACGUUGAGGAAUCUCAGUUAUUGGUACACCCUGCGUUGCUCGACUCAGCUUUCCAGGCUAUCAUUCUGGCGGCGAGUAGCCCUGGCGAUGGGAGGCUUUGGUCGAUGCAUAUUCCGAAUAAGAUCAAACGAAUCAGAGUCAACCCUGCGCUAUGCACAGCCCUGCGCGAGUCCGGACGACAGUUAACGGUGGAAGCUUCGCAGCCUAGCAACUUAUUAUCGCGUAAGGGAGACAUUAAGGGGGAUGUGAACAUUGUUCCUGCCGACUCUAGCUAUGCCAUGAUACAAGUAGAAGGGCUAAAGUGCGUUCCAUUUUCGCCCGCCAAUGCCGAAGAUGACAAGGCCAUGUUCUCUUCCACAGUAUGGGGUCCUUCGUCUCCGGAUGCGUCGAAAGUCGUUUCCGACGGCGUCGUAACACCAAAGCACUAUGACCUAGCAUAUUCGCUCGAGCGAAUGGCGUGUUUUUAUCUCCGCAAGCUAGAUCAAGAGGUCCCUUCUGAUCACCCCAGCAGGUCUGAAGGACCGUAUCGCUUGCUGUUUGGAUAUGCGUCGCACAUUUCGGGUCUUGCCAAGAAAGGGGCAUGGUCCUUUUGGAGGUCGGAGUGGGACGAUGAUACUAGGGAGACGAUAACAGCAUUAAGUCUUGCCCACUCAGGGGUCCCCGAUGUCAACCUCCUGCGGGCCAUAGGACCGAGACUCACGGACAUCGUCAUGAACCGCACGUCAGCGAUUGAGAUUGGCAUGCAAGACGAUCUCCUAUCGCAAUUCUACCAGAAGGGCCUCGGGAUGCCUGAGUAUCUAUCGUACCUAGCGCGGACUAUCCGUCAGAUCUUGCAUCGAUCGCCCCGAAUCCAAUGCCUCGAAAUUGGUGCCGGGACGGGGGCUGCCACCAAGGCAAUCCAGCACGAGACAGACAUGUCGUUCUCCUCGUACACGUUUACUGAUGUUUCAUCCGGCUUCUUUGACGCUGCACGGGCUGGCCUUGGGAGUGAUGCCGAUCGCAUGAUUUUCAAAGCCCUGGACAUAAGUAAAGACCCUAUUAGCCAAGGGUUUGCAGAACACUCGUACGACUUGAUAGUUGCCUCCAUGGUGAUACACGCGACCCCUUCGCUAACCCAGACGCUCAAGAACGUUCGUCGUCUCCUCAGGCCCGGUGGCUAUCUCGUGGUAUUAGAAGUCAAUGCCGAUUUACCGGCCCGUAUGGGAACAAUAUUCGGUGCUUUCCCUGGAUGGUGGCUAGGCGCUGAAGACGGGCGAACACUCUCACCGUGUGUCCACCUCCCACAAUGGAACGAGCUCCUUCGCGAGACCGGGUUUUCCGGCUGCGACACAACGACUCCAGAUCUAGAUCCGCUCGUCCAACCCUUCACCAUUUUCGUGUCGCAGGCACUGGAUGAAGAGAUAGCUUUCCUUCGCGAUCCACUCGCCCUUCCUACCAUCCCAAGUCCGGCGAAGCUGAUGUCAGAUUUAGUCGUGGUCGGCGGAGACAGCUCUACACUCGCGGCAGAAGCGGGGGCGUUACUGGAAGCAUUCUACGAACAAGUACACUGUAUCAGCUCUUUACAAGAUUUCGAAUCUCUCAGAGUCGGCUCAAACGCAACUGUGCUAUGUCUAGCCGACCUUGAAGAGCCCGUCUUUCGGAAUCUCACAGAAGCAACCUGGGAUUCUCUCAAGCUCAUGCUACAGGAUGUUGGCUGUGUUCUUUGGGUUACUCAGGGGCGGCGGGCGCGGAACCCGCAUUCCAACAUGACGAUUGGAUUAUUACGCUCGGCCAUUGACGAAUUCCCUGGUUUGGACUUCCAAUUCCUAGACAUUGAGGAUGAGGGAAGGCCAAGCGCAGAGUCGAUCAGUAAAGCCCUGCUGUGCUUUAAGGCGGCAUGUCUGUGGAAGCGAGAGGAUCACAGUAGAUUUACCAACCUGAUCAUCGAGCCAGAACUGGUCAUAGAUAAAGAUGGCAAUGAAGUCGUGCCUCGCUUGGUGAUGAAUAAGACCAUGAACGAUCGCUAUAAUUCUUCGAGGAGGGAAAUAUCUAUUCAGAGCACAUUUGACAACCGAAACAACACCGUGAGCAUCGUGGACUCAGGUUCUGGCUACUCACUCCGUCAAAUCCCACUCGAUCUAUUUGCAGCCGAUGCGGAGAAAACAGUAUCAAGUGUCCGGGUCUCCUGUUCCCUUCUUGCGCCAGUCCGAGUCACCAGGCGUGAUUCCUUAUUUUUCUCCAUUGGACAAGACGAAAACACCCUGACCCCCGUGCUUGCACUGUCGACAUCCAAUGCAUCAGUAGUGCGCCCAGCUAUCUAUAUUCCGCUAUCCACCGACAGCCCACUCUCAUUCGCAGUGCCCUUCCUUCGGUUGGUCAUCAUAUAUCAUCUCGUUUCCUCAGUCUUCGAGGAUCUCGACGAAGGAGACCGAGUCUGGUUCCACGAGCCUGAAAGUGAAUACAUCGACAUCGUAGAAGCAGAGGCAAAAAGAAGUGGUAUUAAUGUCAUAUUCACCACGACGCGCGAUGACAUGCCCCACGACUGUGUGAAGAUCCAUCCUAAUGCCACACAACGUAGCUUAGAGGCUCUCGAACCUUUGGGUAUAGCUGUGUUUCUGAACUUCGCGGCCACGGACGCGGGAAAGCGUGUAGCCAAGGAAAUCCAAGCAUGUCUCCCUGUUUUCUGCAGAUGCGAGACUGUGCAAACAGUCUACAGAGGCCUGGCUAAAGUACCGUCCGCCGCGCGAGUGGGUCAAAUUAGAAUGCGCCUCCAGGAGGUUAUCGCAAAAGCGAAUAGUCAGCUAGCAGCUUUUACAGAAACGAGUAUAGGGAACAACGACAUUGGCCUCGCAGAAGUACCCGGUGUACCCAAUGAACUCGCACAUCGAUACAUCGUCGAUUGGACGAUAGGAAGCGAAGUUCCUACGCAAAUCCAGCCCGUUGAUGCUGGACCGUUAUUCUCGGCCACGAAGACGUACUGGCUUGUUGGUCUAACCGGGACUCUGGGCCUCUCGCUAAGCGAAUGGAUGAUCCGCCACGGCGCGCGGUAUAUAGUCGUUUCGAGCCGGACCCCUAAUAUCGAUGAACGGUGGGUAGAGGAGAUGGCUGCCAUAGGGGGUAAGGUUAAGAUAUCUUCAUGCGAUGUAACAAGACUUUCCGAACUAAAAACGACGUACGCCGAAAUAUGUUCCACAAUGCCCCCUAUUGCCGGGGUGGCGCAAGGUGCCAUGGUCCUCGACGAUAUCCGCUUCAGCAACACCAGCUUCGACAUCCUACAGAAAGUCACACGGCCCAAGGUGGAGGGAAGCAUCAACCUCGAUGCCCUCCUCCAAGACACCGCCCUAGAUUUCUUCGUCUUCUUCUCCUCCACCUCCUCCAUCGUCGGCACCCCGGGCCAGUCCGCGUACUCGGCCGCCAACCAAUUCAUGGUCAGUCUCGCUGAGCAGCGGCGGCAGCGCGGGCUCGCCGCCUCCGUCAUCCACAUUGGUCCCGUGUACGGCGUCGGCUACGUCGCGCAGAACCGCAUCGACGUUUCGGUGAUGCGGUUGCUGGGCGUUAAGCCGAUCUCGGAGUCAGACUUCCACCAGCUGUUCGCCGAAGCCGUGCUGGCGGGCAAUUCGCGGUCCAAUCUCUCGGUUGACAUCACGACGGGUAUUGUGCCGGUGCAGUGGGACGAGGAAGCGCAGCCGAGAUGGGCGGCUAACCCGAUCAUGAGCCACUGGGUCUUGAAUGGGAAGGCGGUCGAUAAUGUAGCGGUCACGAAGUCCAAGGCUUCGCUGAAGGUGAAGUUGCACGCUGCUCGAAGUAGAGACGAGGUUGAUAAUGUCGUCAAGCAAGCUCUCAUUGAGAAGCUUGGUAGUCUGCUGCAUCUGAGUAUGGAGUCUCUUUCCGACAACACUAACUUCGAUAUCGCUGGUCUGGACGAACUUGGCGUUGACUCGCUAAUGGCGACUGAAAUCCGGUCUUGGCUGAUGAAGAGCUUGGAAGUUAACGUCCCGGUCCUAAAAAUACUAAGUGGCUUGUCCGUCAAGGAACUGGUAAUAGGGGUUGUGGACGCCAUUGAUCCGUCUAAGAUUCCUAAUGCGCAGUUCAUACGAUCUGACAAUACCACGUCGACAAGCGCGACUACGCCAGAGUCAAGACCGUCUAGUGACGACGAUAGCGUAUUGGACCAAACCCUCUCAACUGUAUCCGAGUUAUCUCUCAAAGACGGCUCCGAGGGCGACACGACGAUAGAUCGAGAUCGUCUGGCGCUCCCAACUGUCGACUUAUCAUUGACUCAAGGGAUGUUCUGGAUCGCUUCGACAUUAUUCGACAACAAGUCAAGUCUGAACGUCAGCGGUGUCGCGAGAAUCUCGGGACAGUUACGGAUAUCUGAUUUCAGAGAUGCGGUACGAGCCCUCGGGCAGAAGCAUGAAUCGUUCAGAACUUGCUUCUUUGUGUCCGACGGGAAGGUUAUGCAAUACAUCAUGGAGAGUAGCCAUCUCGAUCUCGAGUAUCGCGAAAUCGACUCUGAAGGGGAGGUAGAGAUAUAUCGGCGAGAGGUAGAGAGUCAUGUUUACGACUUGACUAACGGCAAGACCUGCCGUGUCAUUCUCUUAUCUCUCGCGCCCGAUACCCAUUUCUUGGUUGUCGGCACAACGCACCUUUGCUUCGAUGGAUUCUCUAUCCAGGUAUUUCUACGCGAUUUGUUCCGACACUACAGCCAUCAGCCAGAGGUAAAGAUGGCCUUGCAGUAUAAAGACUACGUGCAAAUGGAGACUCAAGCGCUUGCAUCCGGAAGUUUCAAUAAGGAAUUGCGCUUCUGGAAAGAACAGUACCCCGACUUUCCCCCUAUACUCCCAAUUCUCCGGGUCUCUUCUGCCACUUCUCGGCCUAGCUUGACAGCAUUCAACCAUAUCAAGGUGGAUGUAAAGAUCGAACGAAAGACGAGGUCGGCCAUUCAAAACAUAUGCCGCGAGCACAGAAUCACACCAUUCCAAUUCUUCCUCUCCUGCUUCCGGGUACUCCUUGCGAGAUACUCGGACACCGAAGAUGUGACAAUCGGUGUCAGCGAUGCGCAUCGGAAUAACGAAGGAACAGAGGACUGCAUAGGCGUCUUCGUCAACGUGUUGCCCGUCCGCUUCCGCACAAGUCUCGCAAGCAAGUUCAACGAGGUUAUUCAGGAUACCAAGGCUAACAUGUUGAAUGCGCUGAGGAAUUCAAAUGUGCCGUACCAGGCGGUCCUAAAUGAACUGGACCCACCACGAUCAUCUACAUUUACGCCCAUCUUCCAAAGCUUCAUCAACUACAGACAGGUGAUGAACACGCAAAUCUCAGACGAAUGCGGAGUUGAAUUAUUGUCCAUCGAGCCAUCCAGGACGGGCUACGAUCUGAACCUGGACAUCCUCGACGACCCCCAAGACUGCCGAGUCACACUGUUUGCGCGCGAUGGCCUUUACCAGAGGGCUGAGGCUGAUACUCUCGUCAAGAGCUAUAAGAAGCUUAUCAAGGCCUUUGUGGAAGAGCCUGCCGCACCACUUGCCAAGCCGGUUAUGUAUGAUCAUGGCGACGUUCAAGCGGCGUUGAGAUUCAGUCAAAGCCCGCCUCGUACGUCCAUGUGGCCAGCCACCGUAAUUCACAGAUUCGACGAUAUCGCGAAGAUUAACCCUGACCAGGUUGCCGUUAAGAGCAGGGCAGCAGGAAGCCUUACUUACUCGGAACUGCUUCGCCUAUCUGGGUCUAUUGCGAACACCCUAACUUUAUCUGGAGCCAAACUUGGUUCUCGGAUCGCUCUUCUGCAGGAACCGUCGCCCAGGUGGAUAGCAUCGAUCCUCGCUAUCUUGCGGAUCGGUGGUGUAUAUCUGCCACUAGACCUCUCUACCCCCUUUUCCCGGUUAGCCACGAUCUUUAAAGAUUGCCAGCCGCACCUUGUCCUAGUGGACACAGAAAGCGAGCAUCAUAUUAGCAAACUUGAACAACCGGAUUUACUAGCCAUCAACAUAUCAUUGAUAAACGAUGAAACACAGACACCCCCAAUAAGCGCCACGGCAGAAGGGCAAGCCGUACUUCUAUACACCAGCGGCUCCACCGGUGUACCUAAAGGCAUCAUGCUGAAACACGACGGCAUCCUAAACCAAAUCGAGCCAACGCAGGAAAUAUACAGAAUAGACGCAGAAGUCGUCUUGCAGCAAAGCGCCUCUAGUUUCGACCUCUCGUACCUACAAAUCUUCACCGCGCUCUGUUUCGGGGGUAGUCUUUACCUGCUCCCGAGAGAGCUGCGCGCCGAUGCUUCCGCCAUCACGGACAUUAUAGCCAGCGAAGGAAUCACUUACACCCUGGCGACGCCGACAGAGUGCUCGAGCUGGCUCCGAUACGGCCAAACCGACAGCAUCAGUGCGUCUUCGUGGCGGACGGCUGUCUGUGCCGGGGAGGCUGUGUCCGAGGCUUUGCUCACACAGUUGCGGAACUUACAGAAGAGCGAGCUCCAUUUCUUCAACGCAUACGGGCCAACAGAACUCGGAGUGGCUACUGCCAUGGAGGUAGCGUACCAAGACCCCGAAAACGCUCAACAGAAUCGCGGCAAAGUCGCAGGUGGCUUUACACUGCCCAACUGCGCCGUGUAUGUGGUUGACGAACAACUGAACUUGGUACCGCCGGGGGUGCAGGGAGAGAUAUACCUGGGCGGAGCAUGUGUUGCCGUGGGAUACGUGAAUAAUGCCAGCCUGACGGAUGAAAAGUUUGUCCCCAAUGUCUUCGCAUCGAGCGAGUUCAGAGAAAGGGGGUGGACCAGAAUGCACCGAGUGGGCGACCUGGGCCGUUGGAGAGAAGACGGCGCCCUCGUUAUUGAGGGCCGUGUCUCGGGGGAUACCCAUAUAAAACUUCGAGGCUUCCGGAUCGACCUGCAAGAAAUUGAAACCGCCAUACUCGAGGCGGCUGAUGGCUUCCUGUCCGAGGUCAUCGUGUCAGUUCGUCAGACCUCGUCUUCGGCCCCUGAGUUUCUCAUCGCACACGUCGUAUUCCACCCCACAAGCCCAGAAAGCAGACGUGAAGACCUUCUACAUACUCUUUCCUCCUCGAUACAAUUACCAAGAUACAUGCAUCCCGCAGCUAUUAUCCCUCUCCAACAGAUGCCGAUGACCAGCUCCGGCAAGCUCGAUCGGCGGGCAAUCAGCUCCCUACCCAUCCCAAAAAUGGCGAAAGACACCAAACAAUCACCACCACAACAAGGCGAGUUAUCCCCCGUAGAGAAAAAGCUACGCGAGCUCUGGAUACAAGUAAUCCAGCAGCAAGUGCGGCCGGACGAGGAAAUCACCACCUCGACCGACUUCUUCAACGCGGGCGGCACAUCCCUCCUCCUGCUCGAGCUGCAGGCGCAGAUGAAGGCCGAGUUUGGCGUCAAGCCGCCCGUGACGCGGAUGAUGGAGUUCAGCACCCUCGGCGGCAUGGCGAGCUUGCUCUCGGACAGCCACCCGGCGCCGCGGAAGGCAAUGGUGGACUGGGACCAGGAGACGGCGUUGCCGCGCGACAUACUCACCCUUAUCCAGCAAUCUCACGCGCCCACACUCCCACCUACACCCACCUCCGAGCCCAUCACCAUCGUCCUCACCGGCGCAACCGGCUACCUCGGCACCGCCCUCCUCACCUCCCUCGUCGCCUCGCCACAGAUAAAGCACAUCCACUGCAUCGGGAUCCGCAACGCCUCGCACCGCCCCACCCUCUCCUCCCUCCCCAAAGUCUCCCUCUGGGAAGGCGACCUCAAGCUGCCCCGCCUCGGGCUCAGCGCCGCCGCCUCCCGCGAAGUCUUCCGCGCCGCCGACGCGGUAGUCCACAACGGCGCCGAGGUCUCGCACAUGCAGUCGUACCACUCGCUGCGCCUGCCGAACACCGCCUCCACGCUCGAGCUGGUCCGCACGGUGGCCCUGGAGGCGGGGCGCCGCGUGCCGGUGCACUUCGUCUCGACGGCGCAGGUCGGCGUGUACUUCGCCGAGAACGCGCGCGUCCUCGCGCUGCCGGAGGUGUCGGUGGCGGCGCACCCGCCGCCGCGCGACGGGUCGGAGGGGUACGCGGCGAGCAAGUGGGCGAGCGAGCGGGUGCUCGAGCGGCUGCACGCGGAGAGCCCCGGGGGGUGGCCGGUGUUCGUGCAUCGGCCGUCGCUGGUGCUACGGCCGCUGGAGAGCCCGGCGCUGGACUUGGCGCAUAAUGUGCGGCGCUACGCGGUGAGGAUGCGGGCUGUGCCGAGGGUUACGAGGUUGGUUGGGUACUUGAAUACGGUUGGGAUCGGGGAGGUGGUGGAGGGGAUUGUGGGGGAUUUGUUGCGUGGGCUGGAUACGGGUGAGACGGGAGUGAGGUAUAGACAUUACUUUGGGGAGGAGAAGAUUCGGCUGGAUAGUCCGAUGGCGGCGAUUUUUGGGCUUGGGGAUGAGGAGAGAGAGGCGCUGGGGGAGAUUGUGGAGUUGGAGGCGAAGGAGUGGACGAGGAGAGCAAUGGAGCUUGGGAUGCCGGAGGGAGUGGUGGAGUGGAUGGAGGGUGUUGAGGAGCAGCGCGUGCAGUAUUUUCCGGAGCUUUUGCACGGUGGUGGUGAAUAACGGAUAGAUCGAUUCCUUAACGAGAUAUCAUUGUAUUGUAGUAUGUAUGUAAUGAACUUUGAUUGAUUAUUGAUUAUCUAUAACUAAAUA